GUUUUAUCAAACCAGGAGCUCAUAAUUAGCUUUCCUAAUUUAUUACACCCAGUCCUGCCCACAGGUAGCAAUUGUUAUAUAUUUGAGUGAGGCACUGCACUUUUUUAAAUGAGCGGUUUGCUCCAAUCAACUCAGGCUAAGGUCUUGGGUGCCCUACUCUCUUCAGUAGAGGAAUUACACUUUAUUCUUAACAUUCAGGUGGUUUGGAUUCAUUUUACAGCCAGCCAGAUUUAUGUUCAUACUGUCUGAAAGUAUGCUAUGUGGACGCUGGGUAUGUGAUUUGAAUAAAUCUUAGUGUGGUCUGCAGUAUUUGAGAGCUUAGGUGUUUAAAUCCAAGUCAUUUAGUUUUGGGUUUGUUGCAUGAAUAAGCUUCACUUAAAUGAAGACAGACAUCCUCAGAACUUUGGUGUUUGAAUCUAGUUUGGAUUGUUUUGGAUUCAUUUAAAAAUCCAUUCCUCCCCACAAAAGAAUUGGACAGUCAUUCACUUCUUUCGCCAUGAGAGCUCUUUUUUCUUUUUCUUUUUUUGGCAAUUCAUAGUUGGCUAUGCAAUACUAUCGCUUAAUGUGCAGGAAUAAUCUUGAUCUCUUUUAGAUGGUAGGCUAGAUUCAUUCUCCAAAAUAAUGUUGAUGGUAUAAGUUGGAUAAUAGGCUCUUGAUAAUUUCAGACUAUUCCUGGCUUAAGCUUGUUCUGAAGGAAUCAGGACUAGAACCUAAGUUGAGUACAUAUAAGUAACCAUGAUUGUAGGCUUUGCAUUAUUAAGAAGUGGGCACAAUGAUUGUUAUUUGAUUGAAGUGUGACUAGGAGAUUGAGGGGUAUUAGGAAAGAUAUAGGUAGUCAAAAGUGACCAGGAUUCAAGCUUUAAUGAGUGGAUUGCUGAGGUACACGAAGGAAACCCCAAAUUCAAAUGCAUAUGAAUAGCAUGGAGAUUUGCAGAGCCACUUGAACAAGAUUAGCCAGGUUCAGGCAUAAUCAGUAGGAACAUGUUAACCAAGUUUGGAGGCAUUCUUAAUAGAAUUGCAGAUGUCCAAGAAUAUGAUUAACCAAGAUUCAAGUUAACCCCAAUACCAAUUUUGUGUUUAAGCUCAAAAUGCAGUCAAAUAAGGUUAAGCCCAAGUCAGAAUCCCAUCCUAAGACUAACACAGUAUGUUGUUUUGAGAACCAGGUGAUCUCAUUGUGCCAAACAGAGCUGGAAAGCUUCUGGAGUCAGCUUCCCGAAGAAGUGAUAGAGAGAAUUUUACUAUGGCUACCAGUGGCCAGCAAAGUGAAGUUCAAAAGUGUAUGCACAAAAUGGAAAUAUCUGCUUCAAUCAGACACAUAUUACAGUAGAAAAUACCAGAUUGAACAUGCCAAACAGCCAUGGUUUUUCCUCUGCACAACAGGAAAAUUCUCAUGUGCUUUUGACUUCCAAAUGAACCGCUGGCACAGGAUGCCAAACCCUGCAAUUCCUCGUUCAUCCAUUCUUGCUGCAGCAGGUAACAUUUUGUGCCUGGGAAACCUGGUUGCAGACUGCAAGGUCUUAUCAGUCUGCAAUCCAUUGAGAAAGGCAUUAAAGCAACUUCCUCCCAUGUCCAGAGUUCAGCUCAUACACAAGACAAGCAUAACACUACACAAGGAUGAGGAGGUUCACUCCUACAAAAUCAUGGUAGCAGGAGAAGAGCAAAGUGUCAUGUCUACUGUGAUAAACUCUAGAGUGUACAGGCUUUAUACAGAAAUUUAUGAUUCAAGGAAUGGUAACUGGAGAAUGGCCAGUAACCCAUUGCCCCAUGCAAAAUUUGGGUCUGAUCCAGGAGUUUGGUGCAAUGGCCUCUUCUACUGCAUCACAGAGAUGCCAUAUGGAGUGGUGACAUUUGAUCUACAGAACGGUGCUUGGACUGAGCUUGGGGCAGUUAUGCCUUGCUCCAUUGCAACUCCUUCACUUGUGGAGUACAGAGGCCAGGUAAUCCUGAUUGGAAGGGUGGUAGAGAACAAUCAAACUCAAAAAAUUAAGAUUUGGCAAUUACAAAAUUCCAAGUCUGCUGGUACUAGUCUUCUCACAUGGGCUGUAUUUCAAGAGAUGCCCUCAUCCAUUUUUUCAAAGUUUACAGCUCCUCUGGCUCCAUAUUCACCAUUACUUUGUUCGGCAGUGGGGGACUGGUUAUGCAUCUCUACACAUCUGAGCCUUUGUCCACUUGCUUUCAAUUUUUGUAACAAAACAUGGAAAUGGCUUCCUGGAGAUCCUCUUUUUCCAGGGAAAAGAACUUUCCAUUUAUUGGGAUUGUGUUUUGAUCCAGUAUCAGAAUCCCAACUGUAGAAAGUUGGUUCUAUCAAUCUCAGGUAGUUAUUUUUAUUCAUGAUUAGACUGCAUAAGGUGGGAUCAGAUUAGGUAGCUUGUCAUUCAAUUUAAUACAAUUGAUUGUUGUGGGUAUCCUAGUUUCUGAGAUUUGAUUGAUUGGACUGCUCUUUUGAAAGAGCUGGAUGUAAUAAGCCAUUCAUAUCUUGAAUUUUCAUUCAAGGCUUAUCAUGAUAAUGAAUAUGCCCAUUAAAUCUGUUCUUA